GGUGUGUGCGGGGCCGGGAGCGCGACUUGCCCGACACCUCUGUGCCCCUGAGCGGGGCAGCGGCUCGGGUGCAGUCCCUGUGUGUCUGCAAAGAGCUGUGAGCCAGAACGGAAAGAGGUACAAACCGGGCCUGCAGUGCUUUCCUAGAUCGCUUGGAGCCAAGUAAACACCGCGCGAAGGGUGAAAUCGGUGCUUUGAGGAAGUUACUGAAAUCAUGAAUCCUGUGUAUAGCCCUGGAUCUUCUGGGGUUCCCUAUGCAAAUGCCAAAGGAAUUGGUUAUCCAGCUGGCUUCCCAAUGGGCUAUGCAGCAGCUGCUCCUGCCUAUUCCCCUAACAUGUAUCCUGGAGCAAAUCCUACCUUCCAAACAGGUUAUACACCAGGUACCCCGUACAAAGUCUCCUGUUCACCCACCAGUGGAGCAGUGCCACCGUAUUCCUCGUCACCGAAUCCCUACCAGACUGCUGUGUACCCAGUCAGAAGUGCCUACCCACAGCAGAAUCCAUAUGCACAGCAAGGCACUUACUACACACAGCCUUUAUAUGCAGCACCACCCCACGUAAUUCACCACACCACAGUCGUGCAGCCCAAUGGAAUGCCAGCAACCAUGUAUCCUGCUCCGAUCCCCCCACCCCGAGGGAACGGGGUGACCAUGGGCAUGGUGGCUGGGACGACUAUGGCAAUGUCAGCAGGUACUUUGUUGACAACUCAUUCCCCAACUCCAGUAGCCCCUCAUCCAGUUACUAUGCCCACGUAUCGGGCUCCAGGAACACCAACCUAUAGUUAUGUGCCCCCGCAGUGGUGAUCAUCCUGGCAGUCAGUGUUUGAAGAUGGGAGAUAUGCAAUCAAGAAAUUGAGGUUUAAAAGUUGGUGCUGAAGCCCUCAUGCCUCCAACCAGGACUUUCCUUCUGAAUGCUUUCAACACUUGGCUAAACACUACUAAUUCCUGAUCACUGAAGAUUUUCCAGUGCUGCAUAUCUUACAUCUUGGAACUCCAGCAGUUAGUCUUAAAGCAAAUCCUGUUUUGUGGACUGUCUUGCAAUUUUUUAGCUAAUUAUAACGAUAAAAAGGGAGUAUAAAUUUAUUCUGAUCCAUAUCUAGUUGAAUGCAUGUUAAAACACAAAAACAAAGCUUGCUCAAUCUACCUGCAGUGACUGAUGCAAAAACCAUCAUAUGCAAAUCCAAAGGAACCGAAAAGUAUUUUACAACUUGUAUCACUAAUGCACUGUUGUAAUGUAUGCGGGGUCUGAAAAGGUAGAAUCAUGAAAGUGAGUUUCUUUCUGGAAUACCAUAACAUACAUUAGAUAAGUGCUUCAGCCUUUUUCAGGUUGAUGGAGUUGCCGGUUUAAAAGGGGCAUAUUUUUAUUUAAGUGAUGUGUUCUUUUCGAAUUCAGCUACUAAAUUGGAGUGACUGGAAAAUGAGUCAGACAAGCUGUAGAAAUCCCGCACACAAUUAGUUUACUUCAUACCUUUUCAUUUUCAUGAUAUGAAUUCAGUGUUAUACAGAUGUUCUUAGGAUCAGAAUGAAAUGACAGAGGUAAUGCUGUGUGUGCCAGUAAAUAAGGCAAACUUCCUUGAGGCAAAACUGGCUCUUAGGAAUAGCAGGAGGUGAUAUCACCUGCAUAAAGAAUUGCAUGUCCUGGGGAGAUUUCUGUCCAGUACUAUCUUUCAUACGAUGCAAGAUGUGUCAAAGUGAGACUGCCACACAGAUUGAUAGAAAACACUUUCUUUUAGUUCUCAGUUGAGGAAAUCCGUGCUGUUUUUCCUAAAGAAUGUUGUAGUCAGUUGAAAAUGUAUGUGCAGCUGAUCCAGCUUGCUUUCUGGAAACUUAAGAAGUGCGAGGGCUUUCUGCAGCAAACAGUUCAGCUGCAUGUUACUCUGAGGAAAGCUUGUGUGCCUGAUGAGUAUGUUAAAGGGGAACAAAUCAUUUUAACGCAAUUUCCUUAUUAGCUACUUGCAGUAUGGACUAUGGAUACUCUGUAGUAGGGCUGCCAGAGGUUUCAAAAAGCAGUUCUUUUUUUUUUUUCUGGAAGUAUUCGUAAUUGAAAUAGGAGCCACAUGUUGGUUACAGCAUUUUUACGUGUUUUCUUAGUAUUUUUUUUUUACUUCCUAAAUUGCACUUGGAAGCACGUAAAAUAAGACUGAACUGCAGAUUAGCAUUUCAUUGCAGUGAGUCAUUUGUGAUAUUCUUUCUUGCAACUUCAAUUUUUAAAGUACCUCAAAGCAAAUGCUGUGGGCAUAAAGGGCUAGCCUUGGAACCCAUUUGUAUACCAAAAUUGUUAUGGGAGAGAUUUUAAAUUUUUAAAUUUGAAUAUUGCACAUUAAAAUCGAGGUUUUUCUUAAACCUGCUUGACUUACAAUUCCAGAAAGAUGUAAUUUUCUUUUUUUUUCUUUUUUUGAUACAUUCUGCCUGCUAUAAAUUAUGCAGUAAAUGGUUAUAAAAUGUUGUUCCCUUUUAAGUAUUUACACCGAGGUAUAUCAGGCUGUAUUGUUCCCUUAGGUAAACUUCCAUUCAGAAUUAAAUUUUUUGAAGUUGUGUAUCUAGUUACGCUUUGUUUUGGGGUGUUCUGCUCCUGCACAGAUUUGGCAGCUGCUUCGGGGCAGCAUCAGUGCUGAUUUAGUGCUGCCAUCCCAGUACUCUGCCCUGGUGGGAGGCUUGUGUACCUUCAUACCCCAUUGGUGGUUAGAGCCUUCAGUAACUUUAUUUUUUACAGUAAGCACUCUCUAUAUUUUGUACCCCCCCUUUUUUUUUUUUAAUAAAGUUUAGGUUUAUUUUGCAUGAAUCACUGUCAGUGGAUGGCCCCCUUAUUUCUAAUGCCUUGAACAUAACUAUGUUGUUAGAAUAAGUACUUAAAACCUUAUUCGUGAGCACUUACUGCAGCUUAGGGAUUUCCAUAUGUUUUUUAUAUGGAGCAGAAAAUUACCCAAGACAAACUUAGUUGAAUCUGUAGUGCUUUGUUCAAGUCUGUUUAACAAUUCCAUUUAUGUAGUAGUGUGCAACUUUGAUUAGUGAGGUGUGGCAGAGCACAAUGAGCAUUAACACAGGGCACUUGUCCUGAGCGUGGUUUUAACCAGGAGCUGAGGUCUGGAGCAGGGCUGUGUUGGGGAGGAGCUGGGAAGGCCAAGCUGAAAGCUUUGCUGUCUCCCGUCUCAUCACCAUAAACUGAAGCUUUGAAAAUCAUAGGAGAGAACUUCCAUGAAUGCUGCAAUAGAGAAAUAGUUGAGAAAUGAAUAUAACUUCCUGUAUAUUUGCUCUAACUUCAGAUUCCUAAAUGUCACCUUGGAAUUGGUCUCCAUAUAGUAUUCCAUAACAUUUAGGCAGUCUCACUUACUUGAGCACUUUUUUUUCUAAGUUGCAUUAUGGGAUUCAUCCAGGAGGGAGAAACUGUACCUUUUCCAAAGGUACUACACCUUCCAGUUCUGAGCGAUUCUGAUCUGCUGGGAGGCUGGAGCGUGUCUCCAGGAGUUGUUAUGAAAAGUAACCAAAAGCACAGUGCAGGGGGACGGGGGAAUAUGUGUAUAUAUAACUAUCUUAAUGGUAUUUUGUUGCAAAUAGUAGAAAGCAUGGAUAUAAAACUGCAGCAGGGGAAACUGUACAUCAUUAAAUAGGCGUUUACACAGUGAGGGUCUUACGAAACAUUCUCUCCUGCUUUUUAUAUAACAUUCCCUAUUUAGAAUUCCUUUAUAAAUGAAUACGCAGUAUGUGUUUGCACAAGAGCUCCUCAGCAAGUGAAAAGAGCUAGUGCAGUAGAGACAUUUCAGAUCAAGCUUCUCUUUAAAAAAAAAAACAAAAAAAAACAAAAAAAACACACAAAAAAACUUUUAUGGCAGCUUUAUAUAAUUAAAAAAAAAAAGUACUACUAUAAACCUGGAACUGAAAAUAACUUGCAGCAAUAACAAAGAGAAGUCCAAGAAAGAUUUUUCUUUUUUUUUGGUUAAAAUUCAAAUUUCAAGUGUCGAGUUCAGAUAAAGUAUUUUUAAAAAACUGAGGUAUUCCCUAUGUCAGUAACAGCUGAUGAAAAUGUCUUUUAAAUGUAGCAGCAGCAAAAUAAAAGUGGCUAAUAAUUGGCACCAAAAACAUGUAGCCCUAGUCAGUGGCAUGGUGGUUAACUAAACACUAGGAAGGAAAAGAGAGAACCUACUAUUAGAUGUUGCUUAUGCUUGUUGUAACCAUCUCCUGUUUGAAGUUUCUAGGAGACAUGCAGGAAUGCUGUUCAAGAAAGCUUCUUUUUGAGUGUACUAUGCAAGUUAAAUGCUUAGAUGCAGUGGUAGACAAAAAAAGUCCUUUAUUUUAGUUGAAGUUCUUCCUCGUAUUACUUCAUCCACUGAAAAAAACAAACAAACAAAAACCAGAACCAAACCACCACCUGUCAGUACCACCGUGUCUUAGUGUUGUCAGAAAAUAGCUGAUGGUGCAGAGCUGUAUACCAGGGUACUCAGCAUUGACUGCUCUCCAGGGAGCGUUCUGGCUUCACUGCUCCUUGGGUAGUAAGGCAAGAGAUGGUCAGGAUUGUCUUGGAAUCACUCCCCAGUGCUUCAGCACAGUAUUACACACUUGUUCAUUUGGGUUUUGCUUGAAUAGGUGAGCACAGCAAUCCAAUACCACCACCUAAGUAGGCUUAAACUCAUCCCAGGAGUAGUAACUACCGUGUGUGUGAAACCUUCCAUCGUAGGAUCGUGAGCGAUAGUGAUGCUUCAGCUGGAGCUGGAGGGAAAGGACGGACGCGGGGGCUGUGCCUGGCCUGUGGUGCCCGGGCUGUGGUCUGUGCCUGGCCUGUGGUGCCGGGGCUGUGGUCUGUGCCUGGCCUGUGGUGCCCGGGCUGUGGUCUGUGUCUGUGCCUGUGGUGCCCGGGUGCGGUCUGUGCCUGGCCUGUGGUGCCCGGGCUGUGGUCUGUGUCUGUGCCUGUGGUGCCCGGGUGCGGUCUGUGCCUGGCCUGUGGUGCCCGGGCUGUGGUCUGUGUCUGUGCCUGGGCUGUGGUGCCCGGGUGCGGUCUGUGCCUGGCCUGUGGUGCCGGGGCUGUGGUCUGUGCCUGGGCUGUGGUGCCCGGGUGCGGUCUGUGCCGUGUUCAUGGCAGACAGGCCCAGUCAGCCCAGGCCUCUCCAGCAGGUGUCAGGCGGGAGCCCCAGCCCCGUGUCCCGGCGGUUGUGAACGCUGGAACAGACGCGGCGAGUUCAGCUCAUUCACAUUGUUCUCAUUACUAAGUGUCAGCUUUCUAAUCCUGUAUCGUGUCAGCUCGAAGGGUCGUGCAGAGCCCUCAGACGUGAGGAGGUGCAGUGCUGCUUAGCAGGAGCUCCUGCAGCAGGGAAGGGCAGUUUGUGCAUCAGGGCUCGCCAAGAGCCGAGUUGGUUCUGAGCUCUGCUCCGAAGGAGCGAGGCCUCGGCAGGCUGUGCACCUCUGUCAGGGGUGCUGAGGGGGAAUAAGGGCUGGUUUGUAGACUGAAGAGAGGGAAAAGGAACAGUGCUUAUCUGGGGACAAGGAAACCUUUUCUUGUGUGGGUUGCAUAUAACACUGAAACAUCUGAAUUUCAUGCGUAGUAAGGGUCCAUUUGUGAUUUGUAAAAUUUAUGGGCUCUGAAGUUUAAACAUCAAGAAAGUGAACAUGACUUUUCUAAACUGGUUGUGACUUUUGGGCACUUAGCAGGCAAACUGGGAAAGCUUUUUUAGCUGGCUGCUGUACAGAUUUGUUUUAAGUAGAAGGGAUUUGUUAGUGGGUUUUUUUUAAUUGUAAUGCUAUUAUUGGCUGCCCUCCUGUCCAAGAUUUAAAAAAGUGAGUGCAUGCAAUGGAAGUACAAGAGGCCCCAGUAAUAGUUCUCCAUGUUUGUUAUGAAAUAGACACAGGUUUCCUUUUUAUGACUUUUUUUAAAACUGUCUUAGGAACAGUUGUAUUGGUACUUUUUUUUUAAGUUUAGGUCAAUGUUGUCUUCCAGAAUAAGUUUUAAGGCAUCACUCACUCCUGCAUUGAACUAUUGCAUCAACACAAAGAGUGGAGAUUCCAUUCUGAGCCAGUUCAAUUGUGAAAAUUCAUACUUUUUUUAUUUUUUAUGCAAUUCAAUGAGUAGAUGAGCUCAGAUUUAAAUUCUUAAAAGCACGUUUAUUGUAACAAGAAUUGUUAUGUAUUAAUACUUCAGUUUUCAAUAAAGAUUGACUUGUGUUGCUUA